GAAAUAACAUAUCCAGUGAGAAUCUCUCGAUUCAUAAUAGACAAGAAAAAAAAUUGUGCAAUAAAAUAAAGGGAGAAAAUGAAAUUGCUGGUGAAUAAAAUAAUCUUCAUCAUCGGUAUCGUGAAUGCAGUGCACAGUGCGGGCCUCGGUGUUCUAUACGAGUGGAAAUAUUUGGACUGGCAAUGGCCAUAUACAGCGCUGACCGGUAAAAGUUAUAUCCCUGAAAAUCCUUUCACCCAGGAUGUCGAUGUGGACGUCAGCGGUCGUGUUUUUGUAACUAGUCCCCAAUGGUUGGAGGGUACACCAAUAACCCUGUCGUUGGUAACCAAUCUUCAGGGCCCUGGGGGUCCUCUACUCACACCCUAUCCUCACUGGUCCUGGCAUACGCCCAACGACUGCGACAAACUCAUUUCUGUUUACAGGCUGGCGAUCGACGAAUGCAACAGAUUGUGGUUCGUUGAUGUUGGACGGGUGCAGGACAAGCCGAUAUGCCCGACCAAGAUCAUGAUCUUCGAUCUCUUCACGGAUCGUUUGAUCCACAAGUACAUUGUGCCAGCUGAUCAGACAUUCAAUGGAAAAGCAUCACUGGUGACGCCGAUUGUCGAGCUCGGUGAUACCUGCGAUGACGCGUACCUUUACAUAGCUGAUGUUGGUGAAAAUGGGCUUGUAAUUUACAACCUCCAGCAGGAUCGCUCCUGGCGGGUGAACAAUACACGCGGUAACGCAUUUGGUCCCGAUCCCGAUGGCAUGAACAUAACAAUCGCUGGAGAAUCGUUUGACCUCACCGAUGGCACCCUAGGAAUGUCCCUAUCGCCACCUGGAUUUUUCAAACAAAGAUAUCUCUACUUUAAUUCACUGGCGAGUUAUCAUCAAAAGUUCGCUAGUGUUGAUACAUUGAAGAUGAGCGAGUUUCAAGAGCCAUUGAUCUUCGAGUCUAUCGUGAAACGACAGAGUCAAGCUGGAGUUCAGGCGACAUCACGAAAAGGUGUUCUAUUCUUUCAACUAGCUCAGCUCACGGCGAUAGCUUGUUGGAGCAUGGAACGACCAUUCACUCAAGAUAAUAUUGAGAUUCUUGCGUUCGAUGAGGAUGCCCUGCAGUAUGUCAGCGGUAUCAAAGUGACAAAUAAUUAUCAGGGGGAGGAGGAGCUGUGGUUCAAUACGAAUAGACUCCAGAAGACGAUAAAAAUGACGCGCACGCCUACUGAAGUCAACUUCAGAAUUAUCAUGGGAUCUGUGGACGAAAUCAUCAAUGGAACUAAGUGUGAACCCCGGGGUCACGGUCCUUAUCCGGACGUCUCGACAUGGCGGCGGAUAUGAGAAUAUUUUUUAAAAAUUUUCUCUGUUCUUAGAUUAUUUUCGCAAUUUUUGCUGUACCUAAUUAUAUCACAUUUAUAAUUCCCUUGAGGAUUCCCUCUGGAUUAUUCGUGUAAAUACAUAGAUAUAUCCCGAAA